AUGCCUCCUCUCGACCUUCUAGACAGCGUCACGAGCGGCCAUAUGACGAACCCAAGCCCGGAGCGCGGACCCGCAACCAACUCACUCGAUGGUCCAAGGGACGGCUACCCAGCAUCUCGCGUCUCCCAUGCAUACGACCUUCCAUACCGAGAACCUCCACAAAAUGCAACACCAUUCAACAACAGCUACCCUCCUCUUCCCCCUCCUCCUCCUCCUCCUCGUCCUCCUCCUCCUCCUCGUCCCUCACCACCCGCCUACCGUGCUACGCCUCCCCAACAACGUCGCACACGCUUUCCCCGGACUCUCGCUCACCGCACCUGGACAGCCCUCCUCCACUGGCUCCGCCUCGUCCAUCUCGACAUCCUUUUCAUGCUCAUCGCCCUCGCCAUCACGCAUAUCAUCAUGAGGUUCUCGCACGUGGUUUUCCGCUGGAACCAGCGCUACUUCCCCAUGACGUGGGAUCCGGUGUCUGGACACUGGUAUGGACCGGCCGAGCUCAGCUAUCCGCACUCGCCGUUUAUACUCGGUAUACUGUUUACCGGGGUGCUGAUACCGGUGGUGGGGGUGCUGGUGAUUGUGGGCAUGCAGACGUGGGUGAUGAGUUUUUGGGAUACGAAUGCGGCUUUGUUCGGGUUGUUCAAAGGGUUGGUUAUGAUGACUUUCAUCCAAAUCUUCCUCAAACAAUGGAUUGGUGGAUUCCGCCCUUACUUCAUCACAGUCUGCAACCCAGUCUUACAGCCUCCAAAUAUGACCGACCGGUUCCCAUUCCGCAGAUUCGUAACACCGGAUUGCUGCAAACCCGAAUCCCUAAAAGACUUACAGGUGUCGGCAAUGCAGUCGUUCCCUAGUGGCCACACUUCAGAGUCGUUCUUUGUGGGGACAUUUCUGGCUCUCUACCUGAACGCGAAGCUGAAGGCUUUCUCGGAUUACCAUACUAGCUUCUGGAAAUGGCUUGCUGUGAUGUUACCCCUCUUUGGAUCGUGUCUUAUCGCUGGGACCUUGGUUGUUGACAGGAAUCAUCAUGUCCACGAUAUCCUCCUGUCCAUUCCUUGGGGCGUCCUGGUUGCUUUUCUCGCUUACCGCAGCCAUUAUGCCUCCAUCUUCGACUACCGCACGAAUCACCUUCCACUUCCCUGGUCGGGCACCCGCAAAAGUCUUCGCCGCACAAUCCCAGCACCAGAGACCAAGCGCGGUGACAACCUAGCAGCAGUUACAUGGCCCAGGAAGCCCAUUGAGCACAGCUUUGACGGCGAACGAGGACAAGCCACAGGACUUGGCCUAGACGGAGCGGCAGAUCGGCUGAGGGGCCCAAGGAACAUCAACAGAGGCAGGCUGAGGCAGAACAUCUUUCCGCAGCCCACGCCGUCCAUGCAGAAUCGCAGUGGUGCUAUCGUUCCGGAUGGGCAGGGACAAUUCGAGCUGAGGGACGUUGUGGACGUGGAUCGUAUGGAGCCAGAUUUGGGUGCUGCUGGGCCGUCGACUGCUCGUGCCACUGGACGUCAGGUGGAUUUGGAAGGGCAACGGCAGAGGAGACGGACGUUGGAGAGUGCUGAGGAGCUGGGUUGA